AUGGCGUCGACAAGCAGAAGUGUGAACGUGCGCUCGGGCAGAGUGUUAUGUGAGGAAAAUAUAUUGGAAGUCCUACAAAACUCCGAUAUUGACUAUGAUUCUGAUGUAUCAGAUAAUGACCCAAGUUAUCAGCCUCAGAGUGACAAUCGCACCACAAAACUUCACACAGAAAAUUCUUCAGACAGCUCAUGCGAUGACGAUUGUCCUUCGCCUGAAAUGGCGCCUUCGCCUGUUUUGUCAGUGAGCUCUAUGAGAGCUUCAUCGCGUGUCCGAAGGGGUCAAGCUAGCAGAGGAGUCCGCCGUGGAUCAUGA